UUGUCAAGCGUUAACCCUAUGUUGUUGUAAGAAUAAAUUCUAGUGAAACAUAAAAAAAAAUAAUAAAACAUAUAAAAUUACGAAAAAAAUGCAAGUUUGUAGAGCUAUUUGGGCUGUGUGCCGAUCCAGACAAGUCGUGAGGAACGUGUUAUCGAACGAGGCAUGGAACCGUUUCAACCGCAAGUCGUGCAGACAGAGAGGCAGGUGUUACAGCACCUGCCCUGCUGGGAUGAAAGUCACUAUUUGUGGAGCAGCUGGAUGCACAGGUCAACCUUUGGCGCUCCUGCUGAAGCAAUGUCCGUUGCUGGAUGAGAUCGCUCUGUACGACAUGUGCGCCACCUGUGGGUAUGGCAUGGAACUCAGUCACGUGGACACCAAAUGCAAGGUUUCUUCGUACUCGGGCCGGCACAUGCUGUGUGACGCGUUGCAGGAUUCCAAAGUGGUCGUUAUUGUGGCAAGAGACAGAUGUGACACUUUUGAACAUAGCUCGCCUGUCGUGACAGAGAUCGCACUGCAGAUAUGCAACACCUGUCCGACGUGUUUCACAAUAGUGGCAACCGAGCCGGUCGAAAGCAUGGUGCCUCUAGUGAGCGAGAUCCAGCGGCUGCGUGGGGUGUACAACCCUCGGCGGCUGCUCGGGUGCGUCGAACUGAACUGUGUUCGCGCGAACACUGUGCUCGCCGAUUUCCUGCGAGCGCCACCAGAGGCGGUACGAGUGCCGGUGGUGGGAGGUGCCACGCCGAAUACGAUGGUGCCGGUGCUGUCUGCUGCUGUACAUCCGUGCACGAUGACCCAGGAACAGGUGGAAUGUGUGACGUCAUGCAUAAUGAGCGGUAACGAGGCCGUUUGUGCUGCUAAGGGCUGCUGCACAGAGACGGCUUGUCUGGCCGGCGCGUAUGCAGUGGCGCGAACUACUAUAAACGUGGUGAAGGGCCUGCAGGGGCAGAAGGACGUGGUGCAGUGCGCUUAUGUAGACAGCAUGGGAACGUGUGCGCCGGACUGCCAAUUCUUUGCUAGCGAGGUUAUAUUGGGACCGUCAGGCGUUGAAAAGAAUCUUGGAAUUCCGGAGCUUACAAAGUUUGAAAAUUGCUUGCUGUGCAACUGCCUUCCAUACGUGAGGAACGAAAUAUGCCGAGCGAUAUGGCUAGUGUACACAAUGUGCACUCACUGCUGCUGCCCGUCGUGCUACGCGCACCCGGGCACGUGCUUCACGCCGCCCAUCGUGCCGUGCGUGCCGCCCACCAACUGGACCUGCGACUGCCCCGACUCGUGCCGCGACGAGUACUUAGCCUCGAUAUGUCGCGAGAUGACUUGCAAGUGCGGUUCCACGGAGCUGUGCUGGCGACCACGGCCCGUUGACUACGACUCGGCGCGCGCGUCCAACCUCACGCACCAAAUGCCGGUCAAGGGCAGCGCCUGCCACAUAUGCCAAGUGCCACGCAGUGUCGCUAUAGAGAAGGAAAUACGCGACAGGGCGAAAGACCCGUGCUAAAAUGCCAACACAUGAUAAAAAUGUAAGAGAAGCAGCCAAUACCACCAGAGAAGAAAUCAGGCAAAUUUUUAGUGUCUGUGAAAAUUUUCUUUCUUUUGAAAGUUCAUGUUGAAGAUUGGAUUCAACAGCUUUUUUAAUUUGUUUGUUUAUCUCAGCUAUUUUCAAAGGUACAUCUUCUGUAUGUAAUUGUUCCUACUGUAAUGGGUAACAUCAAAAUGGUAUUUUAUCUGAGUUCAUGAAAC